GAGGCUCGGUGUCCAGUGCAGUGAUUCUUAACAGCUACUGCAGUGUUCGUGAACUAGUCAAAUGUUCAUGUAAAGCACUGUGCAUGCAAAAUAACUAGCUCUUCUCUGUUUAACAUAGAACUACAGCUAAUCGAACUUCUGCCACCAAAAGUACAAGCGACAAAGCCCUCAUGGGGUCUCCGAAUUAAAUUACUUCUGGCCCAAUCUUCAUGCAGUCAUAGAGCAUCAGGAUUAACUUCAUUUGCCAUUUAACACCCCUCCCUCAGUGUUAAGGGGGUUUCUGCAUUUGUCAUCUUAACCACUGCUUUGGGAUCCUUGAAAGGAAUUUCCGGAUCUGCAUCAGAUCAUGACUUUACAGGAGGGAGCAGAAUGAAUGCUGAGUUCAGAUGCCACCCUGUAUUUCAGCAGUUGCCAUUCGCAUGGAACACCCUCGACCUGGAAAGCAAUGUUUCAGGUGGGUACAGUGGAAGUUCAUGGCAUCACACUCACCCACACCUCUGGUCCAAGUACCAAGUGUGGGAGUGGCUCCAACACACACUGGACACCAACCAGUUGGAUGGCAAUUGUAUUCGCUUUCAAGACUUCGACGUUACGGGUGAGCAGUUGUGUUCGAUGCCUUUGGAGCACUUCAACCAGGUCGCUGGAGCUCUGGGACCACUUCUCUUUGCCAACCUUGAGAGCUUAAACUGGAGCAGCAAGUACCUCCCAUCACCUGGACAGCCACUGAUGGCACAGCAAAGAGGUGUCUUUCUCAAUGGCAUGCUGUUCCCAGUCAAUGGCACAGUUAAAUCACAAACAAUUGAUUUGUCAACUGUCAACAAUGCAUGGAAGGAAGAUGAAUAUUUGUCUCAAAAUAAAUUUGAAAAUUGCAUCAAUAGUGAAGAGGUGGGAAGAAAGGAGACUGCAGUGAAAUCUGAUCCUGAGGAUGUUCCAGAUUCUCAAAAUGUGAAACAGUGCGUCCAGUCGCAGAGAUCAAAUGGGAAAAAGCGCACUCCUCGAGGGACACACUUGUGGGAGUUUAUUCGAGACAUCCUGCUGGACUCAGACAAGAACCCAGGACUGCUGAAGUGGGAGGACAGGUCUGAAGGGGUUUUCCGUUUCCUCAAGUCAGAAGCUGUGGCUCAACUCUGGGGUAAGAAGAAGAACAACAGCAGUAUGACCUACGAGAAGCUGAGCCGUGCAAUGAGAUAUUAUUACAAACGGGAAAUCCUGGAGCGAGUGGAUGGCCGCAGGUUGGUCUAUAAAUUUGGAAAGAAUGCUCGUGGCUGGAGGCACUAUGACCAAUAUUGAACCAUUGGAAAUUUUUGAGGAUAUGUAUAUCAUCUCUUCAAAGAGAUAGUAAAAUGGUUAUUUAUGUGUAUAGAAAAAUCAGAGGCAAAAAUGAUCAUGAACCCACUCCAUCAACUUCUACCCAUCAUCUUGCUGUUCAGAAAUUUCCGAAAGCCUCAAAAUCUCUGCUAAAAAGCAAUGUUCUGAGACAAUGCUGGCCGUAAGUGUUUUUCAAACAGAACAAGUGAUUUCUAGCCACAAGGAAAGAUGAACAGGGCGAAUUAUUUUCCCAAAAGAUUAGAGCAACAGUUUGAACGUCAGGCAAAAGAAAAGUCUUCUUGUUUUGUUUUCUGUGCUGUAACAGCUUGUAACAAUAAGAAUGUAGUUAUUUAUCCACCACAUUUAACAUGGUAAAAUACCUGAAGGUACUUCACAGGAAUAUACUCAAAUAAACACGUGAAUCCAAACUUCAAAAGGACAUUUUAGCUGAUCAAAAUCUUGGCUGAAGAAGUAGAUUCCAAGGAGUAUCUUAAAGAAAAAUAAAUGGAUAAAGUGAUGGAGAGGAAAUUUCCGAGAUCAGGGCCAAUCCAGCUGAAAUUCAAUGGUGGAGUAAAGGAAGUUACAAUGCCAAUGAGCUGAGAAUUGGAGGAAGCUCUGAGCCUUCUCCUUUUGACCACAUCCCAUGACAUAGAGACUGGGUAACAUCUCAGGCUAAUGACAAAAUGCAAUUCCUACUCUUGGAGACUUUCCAACUCAUGUGUCUGCAGAUACUGAAUUCUAACCACUGUCAUCAGUGCUACUUUCUUCACUUCUGUCUCUUAUAGGUUACAAAACUGUGCAUUGGGAACAGAGGAUUCAUCCUAGUACUUUUCAAAUGAAAAUCUAAUGGUCAAAUUUUUCUUUAAUGGGAAUAACAACAAUGGAUGGUCAUUAUUGUGAAAGAUUUUGAUUCCUGUAUAUGAUGACAAAUGCAAAUGUUUACUGCUGUUUUAACUACAAAGAUUCCUUAUAAAUUUAUGAAAUUACUGUAAUGAAAUUGAUUUUAAAAUUAUCUGUUGCAUAUUUGUAAAAUCAUUUAAAUUGUAUUAUAUUCUAUGUUGACUUGGACUCUGUUGAACUGUAUGCAGAACAAGAAUGACAUAUUGAGGUUAAAGAACUUGUCAACAUCCUGCUUAAGACCACCACUUCAUGGGAUGGGUUAGGUGAACUAUCUUCUAUUUUCCAGCCUAACUUUUGUAUAUUUAUAUCUUUACAUAAUCUUCCAAUAUUCCAAAUACCCCCUAAUAACUUUCAUUGCCUUUCCACACUUACUUCUGUUGUGUAAAAGAAUUCCACUGUGCCAAACAUAUCCCUACUGUUACGAUCAAACUCCCUGAAAAUGUAUUCAGAAGAUAGUCUAGACCCUAAAUUCUUCUUAUUUUAAAGGUAAGAGGAAGUUGUCGAAUUCCAGAUGCAAUUUGAUUGAUCAAAUUACUCAAUGUUAAGCAAAGCACACUUUAUUUUUAUACUACAGUUAAAAUACAGACAAAAUUAAAAUAUAAGAAUUUGCUUAACUAUACACCUCUAUCGAAAUGCUUAGAAAAUAUAUUAACCAUUGCUAAUUAACUGUUGUAGUAUAUUAACAUCUUACAAACACACCCUUGGCAAAGGCAAAUUUAGUAAAAUAGAUUGUCUCACAUGCAAUUCUAGCAGCAGGAAGAGAACCCCAGCUUUUAGCUGUAACAGACAAAGGAAAAACAGCUUUGCCAUCCGGCUUCAAGACCCCAGCAACUGCUACUGAAAAACUAAAACCAAAAGUCCUGGUUCUGUGGGAGCUUGAUACCACCCUUUUAAACUGCUUCCAUUGUUCAAACAAAAAACCCAAAGCCCCACAAGCUGUUUAUAGGAUUCAAAUAGACACCCCUGUACCUCUCCCUUAAAACCUCUCUUCAAAAAAAAGGGCAAAAUGCACCUUUUAAAGCCAUAGUAUCAUCACACUCUAAGCAAGGGAGGAAAAGCCAUCAACUCCCCAGGGGGAAGUAAGGUCAGUCUGCCCCCAACAACACAGCAGGAAGAUCACUUUGUUAUCUCACUCGGCAAGGCUGUCAUUAUUCACCCUAUCAAACUAUGGUUAACCCAACACUCAGCUUUAACACACUCCUCAAUCUAUAGACUGGGCAAGGUUUGUCACAACUGUUUGAAUGAAGACAAUGCCUGAUUACUGUGUUAGAAUGAGUGUUGAUCUAGUAUCACCCUCUGCCUCAUAAUGCCUGGCUCUGUAACUAUCUCAUGGCACUGUUUAAUAAAUCUGUUUGUAAAGAC